CACUAUGCUAAAUGUUUUCCUUUCUGGCCCUUUUCCUCAGUAAAUAAGUGCAACAUAUUUAAUGUUAAGUUAAGUCACGAACACUUUAAUUUCUUUGUCACAGGUGGACAUGAGGUCUCUUCUUCAAUUUCAAAUUUUGAUUUUCACAUCAAUGUUUGCAGAGGAAUAACUGCUGAAAAGACUGGCGACACCCAAGACUGUCCCGCAAACAGUUCUAUGUGCAGAAUAGACAAAAAGCUUCAAACAACAAAAGAUUUGGGAAAUAUCAAUUACGCUAGUAAUCUCCAUUUCUCACCCCAAAAUGAUAUUAUCCUUGUUUAUAACACAACACAAAAAGUUGACAGCUGCUUACCUGUAACUACCAUAACCUUCAAGUGCCCAAAACAAAUGGGUGAUAAAGGCCCAUUGUUGACAGCUGCUGAUGACUGUGCAUUUGAAGUUCUCUGGGAGACAGACUUUGCUUGCCCACAGUCCAGUGUCAUGUCUACAAAUAGCUGUGUGCUGAGGAAUGAAUUUGUUAACUUCGACUUGACGCCGCUCACUAGAGCCAUGAUCACCCCUUACAUAAUAAAGCAUGAUGACGUUGAUUCACAAGGCAAAACAACCCAUUAUAAUUAUUACAUCAAUGUUUGUCAAGCACUUGUUUCUCUUUGUGGAGGUUUGUGUCAUGGACAUUAUAUUUGAUUGAGGAAUAGAAAACACUUUCCCAGUUUCUAUUUAACAAUUAUUAGAUUAUAAGCUUAAGAUUUCUAAUGUGUUAUACUUGUAGUUGAAGAGAAUGCAGUCCGAAUCAACUAUCACGCAUAGAAAUUGAAAACGAAUAGGCUACAUUGUGUAAUUGUUUCAGUAUAAAUCUAGUUAUUCAAAACUUUAUCUAAUUCUUCUUCAGAUACAUUUUGAAAAUGCAAAGAAGCAGCCACAGCCACUGCUGGGUUACUGUCUAUCUACAACAUAAUAGAUAGUGAGUAGCAUAGCCAAUAAGAGAGCGGCAUUCAUGCACGAAUGCUAGUAGAUUUAUACUAACAAGUUAUGGAUGACACAUAAUGGGAGUGUUUUUUAGUUCACCCAAACUAAUUGCUAUCAGUAUUUCUAUACCACAAAAGAAACAGAGAGAAAAUCCUUUCUAUAAUGUGAGAAAAAGAAAGGAAAAUGAAUUUUUUCUUUUGAUUGGCAAAAUUUAGAUCCUCUUUAAUUUGUUCUCACCAUAUGUGUAAUUACAUCAACAGCCCAUGCGACCUCUGUGUUUCUAUCAAGUUUUAGUAUAAAUCUACAAACAUUGUAUCAUUGUAUCAUUGUAUCAUUGUAUCAUUCUAUCAUUCUAUCAUUCUCCAAUGUCAUUCUCUCUAAUAUUUUAUUGGCUAUACCACUCACCAUCUAUUCUUUUGUACAUGUGGAUGGUGAGUAGCCUAACAAUGUGCAGUUGUUAACAAAAUGAUGGCCGCUUCUUUGCAUUUUCAAAGUGUCUGUAAACAGGAUUUAGACAAA